AUGGCGUCCUUGGCGAAAACGGUGCGGCCACUUGCGAGAGCUGCUGCAUCCGCAUCAUCGAGAACCCCGGUGAGCCGGACAGCCUUCUCGCGAUCAGUACCAGCAGCACGAUGCCUGUCCUCGACCACCCGACGACGGGAUGCGAACGAAUCACACACCGUCGACGUGGAAGGCCUUACACCGACACCCAUCUUCCACCUUAGCGAAGUCGAGCAGAUGAUGAAAGAAUCAGUGGAGAAGUUCGCAAAUGAGGAGAUCCUGCCCAAGGUCCGCGAGAUGGACGAGGCAGAGAAGAUGGACCCAACCAUCGUGGAGAAGCUAUUCGAGCAAGGUCUGAUGGGCGUCGAGAUCCCGGAGAAGUACGGUGGCUCAGGCAUGAACUUCACCGCCGCAAUCGUUGGCAUCGAAGAGCUUGCGAGAGUUGAUCCCAGCGUCAGCGUCAUGUGCGAUGUACACAAUACCUUGGUAAACACUGCGAUCCUGAAGUACGGAAGCGAGGAGAGCAAGAAGAAGUGGCUACCUCAGCUUGCUACCAGCACAGUUGGCUCUUUCUGCUUGUCAGAACCAGCGUCAGGAUCAGACGCCUUUGCAAUGAAGACCAAAGCCCAGAAGACAUCUGAUGGCUACGUGAUCAAUGGCAGCAAGAUGUGGAUCACAAACUCGAUGGAAGCGGGAUUCUUCAUUGUGUUCGCGAAUCUGUAUCCAGAGAAAGGCUACAAGGGAAUCACUGCGUUCUUGGUCGAUAAGGAGAACCCAGGCCUCAAGAUCGCGAAGAAGGAGAAGAAGCUUGGUAUCAAGGCAUCAUCGACUUGUGUCAUCGAUUUCGACGACUGUGCAGUGCCGCACGGUAGUCUUCUCGGCGAGGAAGGACACGGAUACAAGUACGCCAUUGGGCUUCUGAAUGAAGGUCGCAUCGGUAUUGCUGCUCAAAUGACAGGACUCGCAAUCGGUGCCUUCGAGAAUGCGGCGACAUAUGUCUGGAACGACCGUAAGCAGUUCGGAUCUCUUGUGGGAGAGUUCCAGGGCAUGCAGCAUCAGCUCGCCCAAGCCUGGACGGAAAUUGUUGCCGCCCGGUCGCUCGUGUACAAUGCAUCGCGCAAAAAGGAAGCCGGCCACGACUUCGUCAUGGAUGCGGCAAUGGCGAAGCUCUAUGCCUCGAAUGUAGCCGGUAGGGUGUCCGGUCAAGCCAUCGAAUGGAUGGGUGGCAUGGGCUUUGUAAGAGAAGGCCUGGCCGAAAAGUACUGGAGAGACAGCAAGAUCGGACAGAUAUACGAGGGGACGAGCAACAUUCAGCUCACAACCAUCGCAAAGCUGCUCCAGCGCGAGUACACCACUUGA